AUGAUUAAACAACAGCAACCACAGACCAUUACAUACGCCACAUAUGCAUAUAAUUCAAAGACGGCAGAACAAACGCAAAGGUUGAAAUAUGGAGAUUUGGAGAUAGUAUUGAAAAAUGACCAUUUUGAAUUCGUUUGCAAAGGUGGUGCGGUGAUAUCAAAUAUAAAAGAAAUUUUAUUUAUGAAUUCAAAAAUUAAAGGUAUAACGGAUGAUAUAACAUCAAUUCCACCAGAAGAACAAAGAUAUUACGCAUUAAAUGCAUUUCCUAAAGUUUUGAAGAUUGGAAGAUUUAAUUUAAAUGAGGAAUUCAUAAAAGGUUUCCUAAAUGACAUAAUGAAGAAAGCAGAUAAGGAAUAUGUGGAUAGUGUGUUAGUGAAGAAGGCGGAUAAGGAAUAUGUGGAUGAAAAAGAUAAUGAAAUAUAUGAAAAAAUUAAAGAAAUGGUUGAAUGGUAUCAUGAACGGACAUCAAAGAUUUUAAAAACUAAAGCUGAUACAGGAUGGGUUUCAGGAUGUUUAGACCUUAAAGCAGAUAAAACUUAUGUUAAUGAUGAGUUAAAUAAGAAGGCAGAUAAGGAAUACGUUGAUACCGAGUUAGCAAAGAAAGCUGAUAUAUCAUUUGUUAAUGAAGAAAUAAAACAAUCGGAGGUCUAUUUUACCCCACCAUUUUUAAAUUUUAUGAAAUCAUCAGAUAAAACAUUUGAAGAUAUUGAAUGGUUAUGUUUCGAUGGAGUGACCAUGUAUUUAUUUUAUACAGGCGGAGUGCUUUAUUAUUUUAAAACAAAUGAUUUUAAAAACUAUGAAUCAUUUACUCCAUCCGUUUUGAAUCCUGAUACACGAGAGCCAAUCAUUAAUCCAAGAAUUUUUUAUGUUGAAUAUAAUAACGGCAAAUUUAUGGGAAUGAUAACGGUUGGAGAUGAUUUUUGCCCUUGUUAUUCAUUCGAUUGUAUCCAAUGGUUCAAAU